CAGCAGCAGUGUCAGUGUCUGGAUUAUUGUUUACAUGUGGGCAGAAAAAUUAUCCCAAAAUUGAUAAUUUGAAGUAGUGCAUUGAAAUUUAAAAUAUACUUAUCAACUACUGUGGAUAUUUGUUCAGAUCGCAAUGCCUCAUUGCCUAACGUGCGCCAAGUCCGUUGGGUACGAUGACCAAUCGUUUGCGAUUGGAACCAACAAAGAUAUCCAAAAUGCAUUGUGCAAGCACUUUUGGUUCGGUGAAAACCAAUAUCUCAAAAGCACCAUUUGUUGUCCAUGUUGGUGCAAGAUUGCAGAUUUUCAUCGAUUCUAUUGUGAAGUUGAAGAGAUCCACUCCCAGCAGCUGUUUCCUCCGAUAACGCUGUUGGAGAUCAAACAAGAGCAUGGUCAGCAUGGUUUCGCUACUGAACAAUCAGAUACAUAUGAGGACAACGAAGGCGUAACAUAUGCGAUCAAUAAGGAAGAAUUCAGUAAAGAUGACGAUGAUGAUUUCGAAGUCAAGGGAAAUGAUCAUGGUUCAGAACCAGAGAAACUCACGAGCGAUAUAGAAGAAGACAACUUGAAUACGAUGAAUUUUGCAGAUGUAAGCUAUGAAGCAGUCGACGUUGAUGAAGACUGCGGGCGAGAAAGUGAUGAUUCGGAAGAACUAAUCAACUCGGAAAAUGAUGAUGAAAACGAUGGUGAGGAUGAUUCCAGGCAAGAUGAAUCGAAACUUGAUAUACAUACAAGAGCAACGGAUGAGGAAAUUCAAGAAUAUGUUUCAAAGAAUUUACCAUUGGAUUGUAACACGUGCUCCGAACGAUACACAACCUUCAGAGACUUGCAGAAGCAUUCUAAGGAAAAACACGGAAGACCAGCAACGGUAACUUGCUGUAACCGAAAGCUUAUGAACAGCUACCGAUUCGAUGAUCAUAUUCAAUAUCAUAUGAAUCCAAACCGAUUUCAGUGUUCUGAGUGCUCCAGGAAAUGCCCCAAUCGAGAGGCCCUAAGCAGGCACAUACGAAAGGUACACACACCGGGGGACAAAAAGAUACACGAAUGUCAUGUUUGUCAUAAAAAAUUCACCUCGAAACAUAAUUUGAAGAAACACGUCACGAUCCACGGUGAAUCAAUAGGACAAACAAUCGACGAAAGUAGCUUGCCCAAGGAGGAUAUGGACCAUGAAAAAAUUAUCGCAGAAAAUGUUGCCCUGGAGUGCGAUUCGUGUAAGGAAAAGUUCACUUCAUAUCAGGCGUUGCAAACACAUUCGAAGAGUGAGCAUCAGAAACAAGCUGUGGUUUUUUGUUGUGGUUCCAAGUUCUACAGAAAAGCGCUGCUAAUCCAGCACAUUUUCUUACACGUGGACCCAACCAGAUUUCAGUGCAAGAUCUGCCACAAACAGUUAGCUCAAGCCGAAUCUCUGAAACGGCACAUGGACAAAAAUCACUCGCCGGAGGCGUCAAGAACGCUCAAAUGCAGUAUGUGUCCGAAGAUGUUCACACACAAAAGGUUCUUGAACAUUCACGAACGAUACCACAAUCGAAGCUGGCACUGUGAAAUCUGUGAUAAACGAUUCAUCUGUGAAGCUGUCCUCAAGCAGCACCAUAAAUCAAUUCAUACAAAAGAACUGAAGUACGUAUGCCACGUGUGCGCCAGGACGUUCCACAUCUACUCUUCGUAUCGAUCACAUCUGCUAACGCACGACGAAACGGUCAAAAAGAAGCCACAGAAACCUCGGGAACAGUGUCAAAUUUGCAACACCUGGACCUUGAAGCUGUCUCGUCACAUGCGAUUGCACGCCGGAACACGAACUUGCGAGAUUUGCGGUGAGGAGUGCAAGAAUCAUUUUACCUACCAGUAUCACAUGAAGAAUCAUCAAACGGGCGACUUUGUUUGCUCCGUUUGUGGCAAGAGUUUCAAGAGAGAAAUCGGAUGGAAGGAACACAUGGCAUCACACACGGGAGACGUGUUGUACAGUUGCGAUUUCUGCGAUCGAACGUUCAACUCGAACGCCAACAGGGCGUCACAUCGCAAGAAGAUGCACCCGCAGCAGUGGCUUGAAGACAAACUGAAAAAGAAGGCGGCCAAAACGGCACUCGCAGAUGAAUCUGCUCAAUCUUAAAAUGCCAUUAGAUUUGUAUAAAUGUGUGAAUUUGUUAAAUGCUUGCA